AUGAGGCCUUAUUCGCUCGCGCGUUCCCUUUCUUCUUCUUCUUCUCCCUCUGGUCUGACCAGAUCUGCCGCGGCCGGUCGAUUGCCGCGUAUUGCUGUUGUUACCCAGAACCAGAAUCUGUUGCGAUGCGCCGCUGCGUCUCCGGCUGCUGCUGUUGCUGUUACUGGGCUCCGGCCGUUGUCGACUGGUGCGGCGUCGUGUCGCUAUCGGUCGCCGCUGUUGUCUUUGAGUAGGCAAUGGCAGCAACGGAGGAAUUCCUCUGCUGCCGCUGCGGUCGCCGAACACGCUGCCGCAGAUCCAGAGACGCUCUCUCAACAGGCUAUCAUCGACAACCUCGAUCCCAAGGAGUGGGAACGACUCUCCCGGGUCAGGAACAUUGGAAUUGCUGCUCAUAUCGACAGCGGUAAAACUACCGCCACAGAGCGAGUCCUCUACUACACGGGUCGGAUCAAGGCGAUCCACGAAGUGCGCGGUCGCGACAAUGUCGGCGCCAAGAUGGACUCGAUGGAGCUGGAGCGUGAAAAGGGUAUCACCAUCCAGUCUGCGGCCACCUUCUGUGACUGGGUCAAGAAGGAGAACGGCAAGGAGGAGAAAUACCACUUCAACCUGAUCGACACCCCCGGGCACAUUGACUUUACCAUCGAGGUCGAGAGAGCGCUGCGUGUGCUGGAUGGCGCCGUCAUGAUCCUGUGCGCCGUGUCGGGCGUGCAGUCCCAGACCAUCACCGUCGACCGCCAGAUGAAGCGGUACAACGUGCCGCGCAUCUCCUUCGUUAACAAGAUGGACCGCAUGGGCGCCAACCCGUUCAAGGCAAUCGAGCAGAUCAACAACAAGCUCAAGAUCCCUGCUGCCGCUGUCCAGGUGCCCAUUGGCGCAGAGGACGAGUUCGAGGGAGUGGUGGAUCUGAUCAGGAUGAAGGCCAUCUACAACGAAGGCGCUAGGGGAGAGAAGGUUGUUGAGAAGGACGAGAUUCCGGAAAAAGUCAGGCCGAUUGCGGAGGAGAGGAGGAAGAUGCUUAUUGAGAUGCUCGCCGACGUCGACGACGAGAUCGCGGAGCUCUUCCUGGAAGAGAAGGAGCCGACGGUGGAGCAGAUCAAGGCCGCCAUCCGCCGGGCGACCAUCUCUCUGAAGUUCACUCCCGUCUUCAUGGGGUCGGCUUUGGCGAACAAGUCUAUCCAGCCCUUGCUGGAUGGUGUCUGCGACUACCUGCCCAACCCGUCCGAAGUGACCAACACGGCCCUGGACCAGAAGCGUAAAGAGGCUUCGGUGAAGCUCGUUCCUUACAACAGCCUGCCCUUCGUCGGUCUGGCCUUCAAGCUGGAAGAAAGCAACUUUGGCCAGCUCACCUACAUCCGUGUCUACCAGGGAACGCUGCGCAAGGGCGCCUACGUCUUCAACGCGCGGUCCAACAAGAAGGUCAAGGUUCCGCGGAUUGUCCGGAUGCAUGCGGACGAGAUGGAGGAAGUGCAGGAAAUCGGCGCGGGUGAAAUCUGCGCCGUGUUCGGUGUCGACUGCGCCUCGGGUGACACGUUCACUGACGGACAGCUCGCAUACACCAUGUCGUCGAUGUUCGUGCCCGAGCCCGUCAUCUCGCUCUCGAUCAAGCCCAAGAACACCAAGGAUUCGGGCAACUUCUCCAAGGCCAUUGCCCGGUUCCAGCGGGAGGACCCUACGUUCCGGGUCUCUUACGACCCCGAAAGCGAGCAGACCAUCAUUUCGGGUAUGGGAGAACUGCACCUCGACAUCUACGUGGAACGGAUGCGCCGUGAGUACCGCGUGGACUGCGAGACCGGACAGCCCCAGGUGGCCUACCGCGAGACGAUCGGCAACCGAGUCGAGUUCGACCACCUGCUGAAGAAGCAGACCGGAGGUCCCGGAGACUACGCGCGUGUGGCCGGGUGGAUGGAGCCUACUGGCAGCCUGGACGAGAACAAGUUCGAGGAGCAGAUCGUCGGCGGCGCUAUUUCGGAGAAGUUCCUGUUUGCCUGUGAGAAGGGCUUCCACCUGGCGUGCGAGAAGGGACCGUUGAUCGGGCACCGGGUGCUGGGCACGAAGAUGGUGAUCAACGACGGCGCGACGCACGUCACCGACUCGUCGGAAAUGGCGUUCAAGAACGCGACGCAGCAGGCGUUCCGCAAGGCGUUCAUGGAGAGCAACCCAGUGGUGCUGGAGCCGCUGAUGAAGACGGUGGUGACGGCCCCGAUCGAGUUCCAGGGUGACGUGAUCGCGCUGCUGAACAAGCGCAACGCGACUAUCAACGACACCGAGACGGGCGUCGACGAGUUCACUGUCCACGCCGACUGCAGUCUGAACAACAUGUUCGGCUUCAGCAGCCACCUGCGCGCAGCGACCCAGGGCAAGGGCGAGUACACGAUGGAAUUCAGCCACUACGAGAAGGCGCCCAUGCAGUUGCAGAAGGAGCUCAUCGCCAAGUACCAGAAGGCGCAGGCCGAGCGACACAAGAAAUGA